UCUAAUAUAAUGUAAGAGCAAAGGAUUGGGAACUCUCCUGAGGACUCCACCGGAUUCUUCUUCCUCCUCUUCUCGCAUAAUACUUAAGCACUCUCUAAUUUGAGUGUCGGAUCUCUCCAACGUUUGGAUUAUGUUUCGGAUACUUCUCAUCCUCCUCACGAGGACCUCUAGAGAGAGCACGUUCGACCGGUGACGCCAUCAUAUAUUUGACCGCAAGCGCCGCAAAAAGCCUUUGCUUCUUCUGCUUCUUCUUCUUCCAUGCUCCAUUUCAGAUGCUCUACUACCUUCUCCUUCCUCGCCUGCCGUCAAGCCGAAGAAAGGUGCCUCCUUUCUUCUUCCUUCUCCUCCUGCGGCGCCGCCGUUGACUCCUUUUUCGCUUCCCACUUCUCCUCUCCCACCCCUACCCCCACCGCCCUCGACCCGAGAUCCUUCGUCUCCGCCCUCGUCCGAUGCCGAUAUGUGGACGACAUCAGAAGGGUCCACGCUAUCGCCACCACCACCGGCAUGAUGCGCAACCUCGGCGUCGCCAACAAGCACAUCUACAUCUACGCCCAGCACUUUGCGCUUGCCGAAGCCUACGCGCUCUUCCUCCGGAUGGGGGAGCGAGACAACGUGUCUUGGAGUGUCGUCAUCGGAGCCUUCGCUAAGGUAGGAGAUUACGCUAGCUGCUUCGGUACAUUUCGGGAUUUCGUCCGCUCCGGCUCCAGAAUCGAUAACUUCACUCUGCCUUUCGUUUUAAGGGCGUGCCGGGAUACGAUGUCUCUCCGACUCGGCGUCGAGGUCCACAACCUGGUUUUCAAGGCCGGCCUUCAUUCCGAUCUCUUCGUCUCGGCGGCUCUGGUCGAUAUGUACGCUAGAUGCGGCGACGUUGAGAACGCACGAAAAGUGUUCGAUAAAAUGGUUAAGAGAGACAUGGUAUCCUGGACAGUCAUGAUAUCUGGUUAUGCUGACUGCGGUAAUCCUGAGGAAUCCCUGAUAUUGUUUGAUCGGAUGAUGGAAGAAGGCGUUGCGCCGGAUAAGAUCACAACAGUAACUGUGGUCUUUGCUUGUGCAAAGCUAGGGGUGAUGCACAAUGCCAAGAUGAUUCAUGAUUACAUAUCGAACCACAAGUUUUCGGUGGAUCUAAUAUUAGGAACCGCAAUGAUAGACAUGUAUGCAAAGUGUGGCAGUGUGGAUGCUGCCAGAGAGAUCUUUGACGGUAUGAGAGACAAGAAUGUCAUUACCUGGAGCACGAUGAUCUCUGCGUAUGGAAUUCACGGUCGUGGCAGAGAAGCGCUUGAGUUGUUUCCCCUGAUGUUGCAGAGUGGAAUUCAGCCAAAUCGGAUUACAUGUGUUUCCAUCUUGUCAGCUUGUAGCCAUGCAGGUUUAGUCGAUGAGGGUCUGCGGCUUUUCCAUUCGAUGGAGAAGGAAUACUUUAUCUAUCCUGAUGUGAAGCACUAUACGUGCGUGGUAGAUCUACUUGGCCGAGCAGGAAAGCUGAAAGAGGCACUCGAGCUGUCAGAGAAGAUGACUGUCGAAAAAGAUGAAGGCUUUUGGGGUGCAUUACUGGGAGCUUGUAGGAUCCAUGGUACUACACAUUUUGCAGAAAGGGCUGCAAAAAGUCUUCUCGAGUUGAAUCCAAGGAUUCCGAGCUAUUACGUUUUGCUCUCGAAUAUAUAUGCCAAUGCCGGGAGGUGGGAUGAUGUGGCCAAGGUUAGGGAGUUGAUGGCCAACAAGGGUCUGAGGAAGACCCCUGGUUGGACACUGAUUGAGAUCGACAAGAAGACGCAUCGCUUCAGAGUGGGGGACAAAUCCAAUCCACUAUCAAAGGAGAUAUACAAGACACUGAAAGUGUUGAUUGAGAAGUUGGAGUUGGCUGGCUAUGUUCCUGAUACAAACUUUGUGCUUCAUGACAUAGACGAGGAACUUAAAGCAGGAAUCUUGUCCACCCACAGUGAGAAAUUGGCCAUUGCAUAUGGUAUCAUUGCUACACCGGGUGGCACAACGCUAAGGAUAUCUAAGAACCUCAGAGUCUGUGGAGAUUGUCAUAACUUUACGAAGCUGGCAUCGGCAGUCACUCAGAGGGAGAUCAUAGUUCGAGAUGCAAACAGGUUUCACCACUUCAGAGAAGGAUCUUGUUCUUGUGGAGACUACUGGUGAUCAACUAAAUCUCUGCUCUGUUUGUAACUUUACUCAGAGGGAGGUGCAUCAACUAGAUCUUGUCUGAUGUCUAAUAUUUGAAAAAAGGUAAAAAAAUGUUAUAUUAAUAUAUCAAUCUCAUGUUUAGAAUGAUCGUGUAACCUAUUCAAUUCGACCAAUUAAGUUUAUGAUGAUGAAGUUAUAAUGACUUCAGAUAUAAACAUGCAUUUUUAUAUAAAACAAAU